ACGCGAGCAUGGGUGGAACGGCGGUACUUCGUGUGUGAGGCGCCGCAGAGAUGCCUCGGAGAAGAGAGGGAAGGUGUUACGGGAGUGGGUCUGGGGUCUUCAUAAACCCUUCAAUCCCCCCGUUUUAGCGUUGCCUUCUCUUCAGGAAGGGUGAUCUGUUGAGAGGGUACUACUUCGUAGCUGGGACCUCGCUGAAUCCUAGGCACACGAUCACUAUGUCUCGAGUCGUGCACAAGACCGCCGGCGGUAACGCUGCUUUCCACAACUUCCACAAUGACUACGCACAUAUUGCCGAUCCGAACGAGCGGCGACGUCUUGCUCUCGCUGAAAUCGAUAAGGCACCGUUCGGUUGGUAUCAUGUUCGCGCUAUCGUGGUAGCCGGAAUUGGCUUCUUUACUGAUGCCUACGAUCUCUUCGCUGUCAACAUGGUCACUUCCAUGCUGGGAGUAGUCUUCUGGCAAAACGCCACCCACUCCCCUGGAAAGAUCCCUUCAAACGCCGACACCGCCAUCAAGGUCGCAACAUCAACCGGUACCGUCAUCGGUCAGGUCGGGUUCGGUAUUAUGGCAGAUAUCGUAGGACGCAAGAAGAUGUACGGUCUCGAGCUCAUCCUCAUUAUCUUCGCCACACUCGCUCAGGCACUCUCUGCUCACUCACCGGCUUGCUCCAUCGUCGGCGUCAUCGUUUUUUGGCGAGUACUAAUGGGUAUUGGUAUUGGCGGUGACUACCCGUUGAGUUCGAUCAUUACCUCGGAAUUCGCGACGACGAAAUGGCGAGGCGCUAUGAUGGGCUCUGUGUUCGCCAUGCAGGGUAUCGGCCAGUUUGCUGCUGCUAUGGUCGCUCUGAUCGUCACGCAGGGGUACAAGGAUUCUUUAAUGCAAGCAAAGACCGUCGACCAGUGCGAUGGUGCUUGCGGACUAGCUGUCGAUAAAAUGUGGCGCGUGGUCAUCGGCUUCGGUGCCGUUCCCGGCUGCAUCGCCCUCUACUACCGCCUCACGAUUCCGGAGACCCCUCGGUAUACAUUCGACGUGGACCGCGACAUCGUCCAAGCUGGCUCGGAUGUGAAAGCGUUCAAAGCCGGCGCACCGAAGGGCCACCCUGACGAGAUCACUCGUGUUCGCGCCAAGGAGAAUGAUGCCGCCCAGCUCGAGAUCCCUAAGGCGUCUUGGGCCGAUUUCUUCUCCUGGAUCCGCAAGUGGAAGAAUGGCAAAGUCCUACUCGGUACUGCUGGUUCUUGGUUCCUGCUCGACGUAGCCUUCUAUGGUCUCGGUCUCAACAACUCCAUCAUCCUCACACAAAUAGGCUACGCCAAAGGCGAGAACGUCUACAGGAUCUUCUUCAACCAAGCCGUCGGCAAUCUAAUAAUAACCUGUGCGGGUGCUAUCCCCGGAUACUGGGUAACCGUCGCAACGGUAGACACAAUCGGCCGCAAACCCAUCCAGCUCGUCGGCUUCGUCAUCCUCACCGCAAUCUUCGUCGCAAUCGGCUUCGCCUACCACAUCCUGUCCGGCAAAGCCCUCCUCGCCCUCUACGUCCUCGCGCAGUUCUUCUUCAACUUCGGUCCCAAUGCGACAACCUUCAUCGUACCCGGCGAGUGCUACCCCACGCGCUACCGGUCCUCUGCCCACGGCCUCUCCGCCGCGAGCGGCAAAGUCGGCGCAAUCAUCGCCCAAGUCCUGAUCGGCCCGCUGCGCACCCGCGGCGCGAAGCCCGGCUCGAGCGACUCGCCCUGGCUCAACCACGUCAUGCAGAUCUAUAGCGUGUUCAUGUUCGCGGGCAUCUUCACGACUUUGCUGAUCCCCGAGACCAAGAGGAAGACGCUGGAGCAGCUGGCGGGCGAGGUCGAGGGCACGCCCGAGUACGACCCUGAAAACGUGCGGAGGCGCGAUUUCGAGAAGGCCGUCGAGGUUGCGCAGGAUGCUGCAAAGAUGGCUUGAGCUGUUGGACAAGUACACCUUGGAAAUCAA